AUGAUCCUUCGAAGGCUACUACUUGCUGGCAGCUUGCUGCUAGCAACCUCAUUCACUAGUGCAAAGAAAGCAGACGGUCCAAAAAUAUCUGCAACGAAGUUUAAAGAUGAACCCGUCAACCUGUUUUACUUCGAUGACUCGGAUACUGUGAUGUUCCAAGAUGGGAAGAACGGCGAUGUGUACGUCUCAAGGGAUGCUGGUGCCAAUUGGGAUAUCGUAGAUGGAGGGACACAUUGGGUCACCGAAGAUCAGGCCAAAUCUUGGCGGGAGUUUACAGUCGAUGCGGAGCUCUCGCGGUAUGAGUAUCCACUCGUUUUCCACGGCAAGGAUUCGAAUAGGGUAAUGCUUCUGGGACACAAGUGCAAGGGGCUCGACUGCAAGGAAAGAACAUAUUACACGACGGAUGGAUUCAAAACGGUCCACCUCUUGAUGGAGAAUGGACGGCAUUGUGCAUGGGCCGUUUCGACACCAACUUUUGGGGAAGGACUUGACCUGCCGAAGGAGGUGAACGAUCGAAUUUUUUGCGUUGUGUCGGGAUUGCACUCCUCCUGGGCUGAAGCCAAUCGCCUCCUCUACUCGGAUCGAUUUUUCAAGGACGAACAAGGGACUGAAGUUCCACUUGAUAACGGCCGUGCAGUGAGUGGCGUCAUACGCACCGCGAGUGUGCAGAAGUAUAUACUGGCUGCGACGAAGUCUGCUAGAACGAACGAGCUGGCGCUUUUUGUGACCGAUGAUGCAUCAACGUGGCACCGAACUGAGUUUGACGGACAUAGGGUAGAAGAGGAUGCAUAUACUAUUCUAGAAUCCACAAGCUACAGUCUCCAGGUUGACGUCGUAUCGACCUACUCGUCAACCAUAGGCACUCUCUUCACGUCCAAUUCAAAUGGCACUUACUUUACGCGCAACAUCAAACAUACAAACCGGAAUUUGUACGGGUUCGUCGACUUUGAGAAAAUCUCUUCGAUACAGGGAAUUAUUCUUGUCAAUACCGUUAAAAACUGGGAAGAUGUUGAAAAGUCAAAUGGCGUUCAGAAAAAAGUUAUAAGCAAAAUCUCAUUCGAUGAUGGGCGGACUUUCCAGCCUCUAAAGGUCGGCAAACAUGAUCUUCACCUUCACUCCGUCACUGAUGCAACGAACUCCGGUCGUGUAUUUUCUAGCCCCGCGCCUGGCUUAGUUAUGGGAGUUGGAAACACAGGCGGCCAUCUCAAGGAUUACUUGGACGGCGAUUUGUUCGUUUCCGACGAUGCAGGGAUCAAUUGGAGGAAAGCUCUGGACGAUGCUCAUAAAUAUGAAUUCGGUGAUCAAGGCUCUGUGAUUGUCGCUGUUUUUGAUGAAGGGAGAACCGACAAGAUUUCAUACUCUCUCGACCAUGGCAAGAAUUGGCACAAGGCUUCCCUACCUGAUGGCGUCCAAAUUCGUGCCAAAGUGCUAACCACAGCGCCUGGCUCGACAACUUUAAAGUUCCUGUUACUUGGCUCAGCCAAAGCUGACAUCGGUAUGGAGUACUACAUUAUUUCUAUUGACUUUGCCGAAAUGGAGGAACGCACUUGUGAGGAGAAAGACUUCGAAAAUUGGCCUGCCAGAUUGAACGAGAAAAAUGAGCCGGAUUGCUUGAUGGGCCAUAAACAGUUUUACCGACGGAGAAAGGCACAGGCUGAUUGUUUCAUCAAGAAGAAAUUCGAGGAACCAGCUCCUGAAUUUGAGCGCUGCAAAUGCACGGAAGAAGAUUUUGAAUGUGACUUUAAUUUUGUUCGUGGUGAAGAUGGAAAAAGCUGCAUCCCAUCCAGGUCCUUGAUUGCCCCUGAGGGUGUCUGCAAAAACCCUGAUGAUAAGUUCAUAGGUAGCUCCGGAUUCAGGCUUAUCCCUGGUAACGUCUGUAUCAGGGAAGGAGGGGUAGAUCUCGAUAAACAGACAGAACGCGUUUGCUCGGAGACAUUUAAGAACCCUCCUGCUGGCCAAAUCGUGGUAGAGAAGUCAUUUUUCACAGCAGACUAUUACAAAGAUUACUUCUACCUCGAACGCAAAGAGAGCAGCAAGGGCGAAGACGAAACAGUCAUCAUGAUUACUUCUGAGCAACACAUAUUUCUUAGUAGAGAUCACGGCAAGAAGUGGAAGCGAAUUCUUGAGGAAGAAAAGAUAACCCGGAUAGAGCCGCAUAGAUUUUUCGAUGAUGUGGCGUACUUCCUGACAAACAACGGGGAUGGAUGGUAUACGCUCGACCGUGGAGACACUUUCAGAAAAUUCAAAGCCCCUCUUCCUCCGAAUCAAGAUAAGCUCCCGGUCCUUUCAUUCCACCCAGAUAGGAGAGACUGGCUUAUAUGGACAGGUGCCGAUGAAUGCAAUGGCAACGGAGGUAAUUGCCACUCUGUUGCUUACUACACUACGAACUUGGGGGGCGAGUGGCACUUCCUCAUGCGAUACGUUCGCAGAUGCGAGUUCAUUUCAAGGGAUGCUCGUGGCUCAAGCGACAAACUUGUGUUCUGCGAACAAUUCGAAAAUGAAAACCCUUCAAAUAAACACUUGCAACUCCUCUCAACAGAGGAUUGGUUUGCUGAGAAAAGACUCCACUAUAGCAAUAUUCUGGACUUUGCAACCAUGCAAGAGUUUAUCAUCGUGGCUAUUCGAGGAGAGAACCCCCAAGACUCACUUAGAAUCGGUGUUAGUAUUGAUGGGAAGACUUUUGCGGACGCCGAACUCCCUGCCAACGUUCAAAUUCCUAUACAGCGGGCGUAUACCGUCCUGGAGAGCAGAACCCAUGCUGCCUUCCUCCUUGUUACCAUCAACAAUAUGGAGGACCACGAAUACGGAAGUAUCUUAAAGAGCAACAGCAACGGAACCUCUUACGUUCUCAGUUUAAGUGCAGUGAAUAGGAACUCUCGUGGAUAUGCCGACUUUGAGAAGAUGCAGGGUUUGGAGGGUGUUGCGAUGGCUAAUGUCGUUGGGAACGUGGCCGACGUUGAAAACGGAGCCGCUAAAAAGUUUAGGACCAUGAUUACUCACAACGAUGGCGCCGAAUGGACACUCGUGCGCCCGCCAGACAAGGAUUCCGAAGGGCGCUCAUACGCUUGCUCAACGAAAGGAGGGAAACCGACCGAUGCAUGCGCCUUGCAUCUUCACAGUUAUACCGAGCGCGCCGAUCCACGAGAUACAUAUUCGUCACCUUCAGCGGUUGGCAUUAUGAUAGGAACGGGCAAUGUGGGUGAUUAUUUGUCACUUAAAAGCAAAGCUGAUACAUUUAUCACUCGAGAUGCUGGUAUAACCUGGGAAGAGGUGAAGAAGGGCAAGUAUCAAUGGGAAUUUGGCGACAGUGGGUCCAUCAUCGUGCUUGUGACCGAGUCCACACCAACAAAAACUCUCCUGUAUUCUCUUGAUGAAGGAAGGAGCUGGAAGGACUUCGAAUUUUCGGAAGUUGAGAUGCAAAUUCAGGAUAUAUCUACCGUACCCUCGGAUACUUCUCGAAAUUUCCUGCUCUGGGGCAAGGAAGUCGGACAAGGGAAAAAGCCUGGCCUCGCCACUGUUAACAUUGACUUCUCGGGGCUGAAAGAGCGAUCCAAACACAUCCCCUUCAACCUAAUGGAUGCCUCUUCGGUCACAGAGCCAAAUAUCACCGCAAACGGCCCGACAAGGAUUGCUAUAACGGCCGAGAACUACAGCACCUGGACUCCAUUGGGGAUAUCUGCGAAUGCACACGAUCGGAUUAUGAAUGGAAACAAAACUGACCUUCUCAUCUGCAGUGACUACAACUACGAGCCUCAAAGCGACGGCAGUUGUGCGCGGGUCGCUGGCCUCGAACCUCUUGACCCAAAACUUGUCUGUACUGAGAAUCCCAAAGCCAUAGAAUGGUAUGAGCCAACUGGCUACCGGCGCAUCCCCCUAACGAAGUGCCAAGGUGGCAAGCAGCUUAACCAUAUCGUCGCUCACCCUUGCCCGAACAAGGAAGAGGAAUUCUUCAAGAAGCAUCCGCGCCUACGUGGCAUCGGUCUUUUCUUCGUCAUCCUCAUCCCCAUCUGUCUUGCUGCAACUUCUGGAUAUUACGUCUAUAAUCACUGGGAUGGAAAAUUCGGUCGCAUCCGUCUGGGUGAAACGGGCUCGGGAGGAUUAUUUGAUCGCGAUUCCCUCCUCGUAUCAAUCCCUGUGUCCAUGGUGGCGGGGGUUGUCGCGGUGAUCACAGCGCUGCCACUUCUGGUAUCCAGCCUGUGGCGUAGUGUAAGCGGAUAUGUUCGUGUGCCUGGCGGGGCUUCUUCGCGACGACCGUAUUCUUCCAGAGACUCCUUUGCCGCACGAAGGAAUGACUAUACUGGCGUUGUGGAGGAUGAGGAUGAGUUGCUUGGGACAGAUGAUUUUGAUGAUGACGAGGAGGGCGAUGAGAGGAAUGGUCAGAUGAAGAAUAAUGGACAUGUAAAUGAAGCUAUAACUAUUGUUUUUUUGUUUUAA